CCUCUUUGGGCCUGGUGCAGGUGUAUGUUGGGUACCUAGAGGGUAGAAGUUUCCCGCACCUCCCCAGAGAAGGUCUGGGUGCCCUGCCCCAAGCUUCCUAACACAGGACUUCAGUUUCUUGCAGAGGAGAAAUAGGACAGGGAGCAGGCCUGGUGCUGGCUCUGGCUCUCUGCCUCUCCACGUGCUCGUGGCCUCUCCCAGCCUGGUGCUAAGCGGUGUCAUGAGUCCGGACCAGGUUGGAGAUUAAUUCUUGGUCAUGGGGGCACUUCAGGGCUUGGAAGGAGGAGGAGUGUCAGGUCCAAGGUCACCAACAGAGAGGGGUAGCUGCCAUCCUUGACAUAGCCCUCUUCCUGGGAGCCCAUGACACAGGUGGUCAGGUACCCCCAGCUGGUAAAGCCAGCCAAGAAGGGGGCCGGGGCACACCUGGCCUGUGCCAAGCCUUGGCUUCAAUUGCCAGGCUCCAGCUUCCCUGGCUCCUCCUCCCAGCCCCUCCCCUCACCCACAUCCACUUAAUACCCUGACACCCAGUCCGCCCACUGCAGACAUUGGCAUUAGCUGUAGCUAGUGUGGAAACCUGGGAAGACUGGGAGCAAAGCCUCUCGAACAAAGGAAAAGAAGGAUUUGGGGCACCUACCUGCUAGCUUUCCCCAGAGGAGGUAAGCAGGGCCCUGGGAGCUGGGUGCUAUGAGAGGAGUAUCCAGGUGUUGCAUGUAUUGAUAAGUCAAAGCUUUUCAUGUGUUUCCUCACACAUUAUCCCCUCUGACCUUCCACAAUUCCCAGGUGGAUCACGGUGGGUGUUGGCCCCACUGGUAAAAUAGAAAACAGGUGAGAUACUCAGCAUCCCACAGUAAGUUUAGGGCCACCAGGACUAAAAUGUGGGGCUCUUUGCCCAUGUGUUUCAAAAAAUAAGGCCCAGUUUACAUUUAGAGAAUUUAGAUGUCCCUAGCUUAGCGGGAGAGGUGACUGCGAACCAGAUCCCUCUGCUCCCGUGCAGCAGGCCUGCACACAGGACCCCGCUAAUCUGAUUUUAGUUAAGUUAGCAACAAAUAUAGGGUCUGCCUCAAUCUUUGCUUUGCUUAGAUGAGCCACAGUUUGCUAAUUACCCACCCAGCAGAUAAUUUCUCAAUAUGCUCAGACCAGACUUCCAGUGAGGGAGGGGAGGAUAUUAGGGGCAAGGGUUUAAGAGCCAGAGUAAACUAGACAAGUUUUCCUGCCCAGUCUCGGCUGCCACCUGCAGGUCACUUGGGCUCUGGCCAUGUGGCUGCCUCUGCUGCUGGGAGUCUUGGUCUGGGCAGCGCUGUGGUUGUUCAGGGACCGACAGAGCCUGCCCGCCAGCGAUGCUUUCAUCUUCAUCACCGGCUGUGACUCAGGCUUCGGGCGGCUUCUGGCACUGAGACUGGACCAGAGAGGCUUCCGAGUCCUGGCCAGCUGCCUGACCCCCUCAGGGGCAGAGGACCUACAGCGCGUGGCCUCCUCUCGCCUCCACACCACCCUGCUUGAUGUCACUGAGCCCCAGAGUGUCCAGCGGGCAGCCAAGUGGGUGGAAACACAUGUUGGUGAAGCAGGGCUUUUUGGUCUGGUGAAUAAUGCUGGUGUGGCUGGUAUCAUUGGGCCCACGCCGUGGCUCACACGAGAUGAUUUCCAUCGGGUGCUGAGUGUGAAUACGCUGGGUCCCAUUGGGGUCACCCUUGCCCUGCUCCCCCUGCUCCAGCAGGCCAGGGGCCGGGUGGUCAACAUCACCAGUGUUCUGGGUCGCCUGGCAGCCAAUGGUGGGGGCUACUGUGUCUCCAAGUUUGGCCUGGAGGCCUUCUCUGACAGCCUGAGGCGGGAUGUGGCUCCUUUUGGUGUCCGAGUCUCCAUUGUGGAGCCUGGCUUCUUCCAAACCCCUGUGACAAACCUGGAGAGUUUGGAGAACACGCUGCAGGAGUGCUGGGCACGGCUACCUCCUGACACACAGGCCCACUACGGGGAAGCCUUCCUCACCAAGUACUUUAAAAUGCAGCGGCGCAUCAUGAGCCUGAUCUGUGACCCAGACCUGACCAAGGUGAGCAGGUGCCUGGAGCAUGCCCUGACUGCUCGUCACCCCAGAACCCGUUACAGCCCAGGCUGGGAUGCCAAGCUGCUCUGGCUGCCGGCCUCCUACUUGCCAGCCAGCCUGGUGGAUGCUGUGCUCACCUGGGUCAUUCCCAAGCCUGCCCAGGCAGUCUGCUGAAUCCAGCCUUCCAGCAAAAGAUUGUUUCAGUCCCCACCCGGGUACUGCCUGGUACUGGUACAAAAUAAGUACUGAAUAAAUGUGUAUUGUUAAAAAAAAA